GUAAUACAAAGCUUGAGCCAAUGAGGCAGAAGGAUUCAUAGUGUAGUGCUGUUUGUUAUUUGUUCAGUCCCUUCUACCAGAAUAAGCAAAGUGAAACUAGGAAGACGAUUAAAGAAGUGUGUGUGCAGCAUUUUUUCCAAUGCUAGCAGGAGUGUCAAUUAAUUUUAAAACUGUCUAUACCACCACCAGUCUUCUAUUUAAUUGAAACAUAUUUGCUUGGAAAUAAGAGGAGCAUGAUGAAUUGUGGAGGUCUGCUGGUGUUUCUGCUAUGCACAGGUCUAGGUGCUGUUGAUUCAAUCACAGUGACAUCAACUAAAUCUGUAAUAGAAGUAGCAAGAGGAGACAAUGUCACACUGCCUUGUACAUACCAGUCAAGUACUGCACCAGAGAAAAGAAAGUUCACUAUGGCUAGAUGGAAUCUGAUAAAUGCUAAUCCAGAAGAAAAUCCGAUUGAGGUGAUUGUUUAUACUACUGGUGAGCUUAGCACUGUCGGAAAUCAGUACACUAACAGAGUAUCAUUUGUUGGCGAUGUGGAACAAGGGACAGCCAGCAUUUUGCUCCUUAAUGUGCACGUGAUGGACAAUGGAACAUAUAGAUGUGAAAUCAUUAUUCCCUCUGAUGCGACGGGUACUAAGUUUGCCAAAGCUUCUCUUCUUGUUUUAGUGGCUCCUUCCAAACCAAUUUGUCAAAUUGUUGGGACAGCAGAAUAUGGCCAGAAUAUCCAGCUCACCUGCAAAUCAGAAGAGGGAUCUCCUGUUCCUACCUACAACUGGGAAAGUUAUAGUCCACAAAAUCAGCCAAGGCCAACACCCACAUCCCAAGAGGGAGGAGUUCUGUCACUCAAAAAUAUAUCAAUGGAGACAUCUGGUUUCUUCAUCUGCACUGCAAAGAACAAAAUCCGUUCAGCUGCAUGUAAUGUAACUCUCUCUGUUAUGCCACCUUCUAUGAACAUUGCCUUAUAUGCUGGUGUAAUUGGAGGCAUUGUGGGUGCAAUCAUCAUCCUUGGCAUUAUCAUCUACUGCUGCUGCUGUCGAAAAGAGGACUAUCCUGAAGAUUAUGAAAUGGAGGAACCAGAGCAACAGAAAGACAGGCCUUAUGAUCAGGUGCCAUCUGAAGAAGAUGGCAAACAUCUGAGCCAUGAAACUCGGCCAUUGCCACCACCGAACAAACCUAAAUCACUUCCAAGAUCUGACCAUGAAGAAGCAUAACAACCUGCUUGUUGCAGAAGAACAAGUGCUGCUGGACAAAAACUGUUUAACCCUGUUAUGUCCCCAUGAGAUGGGCAGUCAAGUCGGGCAGACUUUUUUAAUGUAGAUUUGAAGACACUCCCUCCAAAUACGUACAUGCACCAAUUUCAUUUCUUUUCUACAGUGACCAUUUUGGUUUCAUUUACCGUCUUAAAAUUGAAUAUGCAGGUUCUGUAAUGUUUAUAUCAUUUACCUUCUCCUCCUGUGGUUCAAUUAUGCUAGUCUCAUUAUCAAACAAUAUAAAAGACGACUGCUUUUGUCUAUAGCUAUUCAUCUGGAUGCAGCAGUAUUACCAGCUACUAUACACACCAUGGGAAAAGUGAGGACAUCAUUUCAAACAAUAUCACGCUCAGUUUCUCCCUCAGCAAAGGAUUUCUCUCAGCUGCACCUUUUUGUCAUUGACGGUUGUUACCACUCAUUUCCUAGAAGGAAAAACAGCUGAAGAGCAAGCAACUAAACCUUCUCUUCCUUCAACAGAUGAAAAUCUUUCACCUUGUUGUGUCUGUGACCCACUACCAGUAUCUGUAUUAUGGCAAGACUGUUUGCAGAGCAGCAGUGGAUCAAAUAAUACGUAGGAAUUGUUUUCAUAUUUCAUGACUAUGAAAUGAAGAGCAAGAAAAAUAACCAGUAAUUGUCAUAUAUUUUAGCACUGAUGGCUAUUUUUCUUAAGUCAUAGAUUUAGGAUUUUUCAUUUUUUGCUCAGAAAUCUAUAUAGUGUGUCUGUUAACACAGACUAAGUUAAUAGCCAUCUGACCUUUGGAUUUGUUCUGUACUGUGACUGCAGCAGCUUGUUAGGUGAGAGCACAAUAAUUCCAUAGUCUUAUGUUUGCAGGUUUAAGUGAUUUUCAAUUUUUGCCUAUUUUAAGAUUCAGAAAUUAAUUAAAUGCAGAAGAAGCUCCCACAAUGUUUCAGAUAACACAGGUGCAGACACACGCUAACAUCUUUUGCUGCCAGCAUGAACCACAAUAUGAGUUAUGAUGAUUAAUAUGUUUUGUUGGCCUCUUUCUUCAGUGAAGUGACUGGAAGUGGCAUUAACUAGCUGAAUGGAAACUACUGCACAACCAUGAAAGAAAAUGCCCCCCAUGAUAGGGUCAUGGUAAUGAAUAUAAUGUCUAGCACAAACGACCCUGCAUUGUGCCAUGCCAAUAGAGGACUGUCAUUGAUGUUGAGGUUAUGAACUGCAGUGAAAGCCCUAGCAGCAUCAUUGAAUCCUGUAUUAAAUUGGUCCACACCAUUCAGUGCAGUGAGGCAGUGAUUGAUGGGGCUUUGUUACUGACUACAGGCUGAAUCCUAUUUGUCCUACAUGGACAGUCUGACCCAGAUGGGAGUCACUUAACUGCUUUACAUCACUGAGAGCGACUCUGAGGAAGGACCUCUGCUCUCAAUCUGCCUACCCUUUUGUUAAAAAAAAAUUGAAGCGUGUACCACUUAAGGCAGAAGUUUGAACUGAAAAGGUACAGAACGGAAAAUGUUAGUAAAGGUAAAAGAGAAAGAGUUAUUCAAAUUUACAUUUGUACAAGCACAGAUCAGUCACAAGUUGAUUUCUUUGACCAGUUUGUGCUGCCAUAGACUAUUGUGUGUUUUUAUGUAUCUGCCCAGCUGGAAAUGCAGUUUUUAAUGUGAUUCUUUCUACUGUUUGUAUUUGUUUUUAUAUGCAAAAAUCAAAAUGCUGGAAGGUAAAGAAGGUAGACUUGGAGGAUUUAUUAGCGAAGUCUGUCUUUUGAUACCUUUGAUCCCAAGCCAGCCAGGUCUCCGCUUUAUAAUGUGGCUUUUUAUUUAAUGAAUAUGAGAAAUGUGCUGUAGUUUCUCUUUAGCAUAGAUGUUUAACAUAAGCAUUAAAGUCUGAAAAGGCCAGAGGCAGGUAUGGCUCAAGUAGCACUGCUUCUGCCUAACAGACUUCAAAGUUUGUCAUAAUGUUUUUAACACCAUUUUUGUACACUAUAGGAUUAUUUUGUGCCUGUUUUACUUAUUUUCUGCUCUUUCCACUGAGGCUGAUGUCGAUUAUAACAUUCUUUAAAAUAUUAAAGUUGAACUAAAUGGA